GCCAGUCUCCAAAAUAAAUCUCUUUGUUUCUUUUUCCCUCUCCCAUCAUCUCUCUCUUUGUGUCAAUGUGCCUUCCAGGAACACCUGCAUACACCCCACCUGAGUUUUACAUGUGUGGGAGAUACGGAGCAGUUCCUACCACCGUCUGGCAGCUGGGGCUGGUGCUUUACCAGAUGCUGUUUGACCGCCUCCCAUUUACUAACCUUGUGGAUAUCAUCUGCAGCCAGCAUUAUGUCAGCACUGGGGUAUCCCCUGAUUGCCAAGACUUUCUGUCCAAAUGUCUGAACAAGUUCCCUGAGAGCUGCCCUACCCUGGAGCAGCUGAAGCUGCACCCCUGGCUGCCGCGAUCACCUGCACUCAAAAGAGCAACGGCCACAGAGCAAGACCACGGUUCCAGCCAAAGUCCAGCAGUCUGGGGCUGACAGAUGAAACAAGGAACAUCCAC